GAGAGAGAGAGAGAGAGAGAGAGAGAGAGAAGAAGCGGAAGCGAGCGUGUGUAUGCGCGUUCUCCUGGAGCCGCGCGAAACGCGACGGUGCUGUGAAGUUCGCCGCGAGAGAUACCCAUCGCCACCCGCUCGGUAGUGGUCGCCUUAGUCGCUAGUCGUCCGUAGAUCGCGCGAGGAGGCGCGAGAUAGGAAGUGAGGCGAAAGGAGCGCGCAGCGCGAGAAUACGUCGGCGAGCGAAAAUACAACGGAGCAGCGAGGAUCACGGCAGGACGUGUCUCUGUGCGUGCUAUGUGGGACGUCGCGGAGCGAAACUUCGCGGCCCGAGCACGGAAUGGGGCCCGUUGAUCGGGCCCGGAACAACGGCAACGGGCUUCGACGCGCAUCGCCGACAUGGACGUCAUCGGGGACGGGGACGAGCAGACCCUCCAGGCGAUUCUCGGCCGCGGCGAUUUUGUCGGAGGGAUAGACAACGAAGCCCUAGAUUUCUCGCAGCUGGAGGAUUUUAUCAACAGCGACAGCGAACAGCCUGCGACAUACUUCGCAGACACCCUCGCCCACAAUGAGAACGAGGGUGGAGCGGCGGUUCACAACGGCCGGGUGGCCGAGCCACCAACGGCGCAGGCGGCACCUGUCACUCAGCAGCAGCCAGCACCAGCGCGACUACCGUCGCCGCAGAUGACACAGGCUCACCCAGUCUCGAUAACCUGCGCCUCCGGCACCACGACGGUACCUAACAAUGGCUACAAGGACCCACAGUCAUACGUUCACCCACACGCGCUACCAGAGAGUCCACCGGACAGCGGAAGCGAGCCGCCGUACUCACCGCCAGGCCACAAUGACACUCAACAUGUGCACUCGCCACAUCAGAAGGCGGCUCUGCAAGAGAUACUUCUACAUCAUCAGAACAAUCAGUACGCUCCUAAUUUAUUACCACCUUCACCGAGAGCGUUGCCACCGACGACGGCGGAUCCUCUGCUGCUGACGCCGGUGUUGACGCCUCACCUGACGCCGGGAACGCCAAAUCUUCAGGCUCAACAGCAGAUCGGACCGCCCUUGGUGUCGCUGCCGCACGAGCACAGUCCAGCCGGCAUCAACACGCUGUAUUCAUCUCUGCAGUCGGCCUCUAAAAAAAGAAAACUCAGUCAAGAUGGUCUUAUUCAUGUUAAGCAGGAACCUGAACUGGGCACCGUGGAGCACAGCUGCAGUAGCAGCAGCGCGGUGCUGGACAACGACGAGGUCGCCGACAGCAGCUACAUCGACGCCAGUUACCAGUGCAUUCGGUUCCACCCUUUUCAGCAGACCUCUUGGCACUCUCUCUGCGACCAUAAUCUCAAGGAACUACCGGUGCCGCAUUACCGAGUAGAUGCCGACAAAGGAUUCAACUUCAGCAAUUCGGACGACGCAUUCGUUUGCCAGAAGAAGAAUCAUUUCCAGAUAACGUGUCACGCGCAGCUUCAAGGAGAGGCUGUGUUCGUGAGAACCGGCGAAGGUCUAAAGAAGAUCAGCGGUUUUCAGUUGCACUUUUACGGGGUCAAGGUGGAAUCUCCGUCGCAAACGAUCAGAGUCGAGCAGAGCCAAAGUGACAGAAGCAAGAAACCAUUUCACCCAGUGACAUAUCAUUGCAGGGUCGAAUUAGGCGGCGAGCGCGUUACAAAAGUGACGGUUGGCCGUCUGCACUUCAGCGAGACCACGAGCAACAAUAUGCGCAAGAAGGGGAAACCCAACCCGGAUCAGAGAUAUUUUCAUUUGGUCGUCGGAUUGCAUGCUCAUACUGCAGACCAAGCCAGUUAUCAAGUGGUGGCUCACGCAUCGGAACGUAUAAUUGUCAGGGCGAGUAAUCCAGGGCAAUUCGAAUCGGAAGGCAGUGGCGUAGGUGCUGAAGGUGGAUGGCAGAGAGGAGCAGCGCCUGACAGCGUUUAUCAUGCCGGUAGAGUCGGAGUUAACACGGACCGGCCGGACGAAGCUCUCGUUGUGCAUGGCAACAUGAAAGUGACGGGUCACAUCGUUCAGCCGAGCGAUGCGAGGGCGAAGCAAAACGUCCAAGAAGUGGACACGCGCGAGCAAUUGCGAAACGUGCAACAAUUGCGUGUCGUGCGUUAUCGAUACGCGCCGGAAUUUGCACAGCACUCAGGUUUGGAUGUCAAACAGGAGGACACUGGCGUAAUAGCGCAAGAGGUGCAGCAAAUUUUGCCGGAAGCUGUUCUGCCAGCCGGCGAUAUAGUUUUGCCGAACGGUCAAAGAAUUGAAAAUUUUCUGGUGGUAAAUAAAGAGAGAAUAUUUAUGGAGAACGUUGGCGCUGUCAAGGAAUUGUGUAAGGUGACAGAUAGUCUAGAAACGAGAAUAGAUCAACUAGAAAGAAUAAAUAAGCGACUAGCGAAAUUGAAAAGAGGCGAUAGUUUAAAGAGCUCCAUCAGCACAGUAUCUAGUAUAUCAGGCAAUAAAUAUUCAUCCUCUAUCAAUAGCAAAUCGUCCUUACACGGGAAAACGAAAAGGCUCGAGAGGGAGGAAGACCUCCUUUGCAGUAAUAAAUUUAUUCAGAUUAUCAUUGUUAUACUUAUCCUCAUCAUGGCAUUUUGUUUGGUUGCAAUGGCAACUUUAUACUUCUUAGAAUAUCAAAAGCGCAGUAGCAUUGAAUGGUCCGCGAUGGCGAGUAAUGGAAUGUUGGCCAUUGGUCCGGCUCAUCCACCGACUAUGUCUACCACUCCUAAUUACGAUCCACGAUACAAUUCGUUACUGCACAGUACAUUGGCCUCUUUAUACACCAAGCAUGGCUCUUACACGAGAGGAUUAGACGGAGGAUUAUCUGUCAAAAGUAAUUCUCUCACCACACCACCGUCGCAUACAAAACAGCAGCUAUAUUCUCAAGAAAUAACGUGGUAUCCGAUAAGCCACUCGGGUCCGCAACCUAAGCUUGACAAAAAUAACGAAUUUCCCGGAAACUGGCUCAGUAGAAACGGUGCGGGUGCUGUGCCUAGUAACGUGGAUGAAAACGAACAAACCUCAGACGUAGAUUCUUCAUCCGUUAAUAAAGGUCCGAUACCUUUAGGAAGACCUCAAGAAUGUCCGGCGCACUUCACCGAGCUCGAAAGUCCAUGUCAGGUAUACUGCUGCACAGCUGAGAUUCAUCAGUUGGAAGAUCCUCAGCCUGACCAUCCACCGGAAAAGAAGUCCAUUUCAGAUCACCUGGAGCAACCGCUCAAUAUACACGAAGAGAAACGAAAAAUAAAUAAAGGUUUCCAAAACGGUAUCAGCCCAUCCGAUCCCAGCACUCAAACUCUCGUAAAGGAGACCAAUUAUAAGUAUCUGCAUAAACGAGCGAGGCGAGAAACUGGUGACGUCGAAAAUUGGGGAGAAGUAGCCAGUAACGCUGCAGGAUCGUUACCGCCAGAACCCAAGCCACAAUUAUUUGUAGUUGCGAAAAAUUUCAAUACCUCUUUGGAUCAAAGAUACUGCUCCCCGACGUCGCCGGACACGCCCAACAACAUUAGUUGCAUCGUACCUUUGUCAAAACAUAUGCCGGAUACGCAUUUAACGUUACAUUUUGUCGGCAUGCUAUACUGGCAAAUUGUGCAGCAGUGCUCUUUCGCAUCAAAUUCCGGCAUUGACGAGACGAUGAUGUGCAGUUGGAACUAUAAUAUACAACAACAAAAUCAAUACAGUGAAAAUAAUAAUCAACCAGGUGAUCAAUCCUUCCCUCUUGACGUCGCUCAUUACCUCAGGAAGACUUUGAAGUUUCGUAUACCUACGAUACAACCUCAAGAGAAUAUUUGCAAAAGUAAACAUGGUGUUGAUUAUUUGGAAUUUACACUACACUUUUAUCGGGACUGCGAGGAGCAAUAAAUCUUCUCUCGUUGUACAGUGCAUUUUGUAGGAAACUUACCGAGACAAGUUUCCAAACGUGUCUAACAACAAAAAGCUAGAUUUUCCAUUCUAUUUAAGAGAAGAAAGCCUUUGUGCCUUUGUAAUCUGCCCUCUGCUUUCAUAGUUUACAAUAUACUGUAUUUUAUACGUCAUCUCGUCUGCUAUACAAUGAACUUCACUUUACAAUUGUGUACAAACGUAAUAUUGAAUAUUUAAUGUCGUAAUAUUGCAUUAUGCAAUAUCGUUACACGAUAAUUAUUACACGAUACUUAUCGUUGAUUUUUAAUAAGUUAUUUUUACUUUGGGUAUCUUUUUCAUAGUAAUACAAAUUAUCGCGACAAGUGAUUAUUUUAAUACUUUUGUUUGCAAUACUACUUGUGUUUAUAUCGAACCGUAUUAUAGAAUUGCGAGUUCCUAAAGAUAUUGUAUAGUAAAUGUUUAUCAUAUUAUAAAAUUAUCAUCGUAUGUGCACAUAUACUUUACUCGCGCUAACGGUAGAAAUAUACGCGCAUGAACAGCUUAAUAUAGAGCAGCUAUUAGAAAAUCAAUACUUCUGAUUGUGUAAACGUGCUAAUUUCAAUUUCGUAUAAUAAUAAUGGUUAUAGAGAGAGACGCACCUUUAUAUUACAUUAACAUAUGAAACGUGUAAUGAUUACAAUGUCUUAAGACGAGGAACAAUCUCCAAACGAUUUGAACAAACG